CGUCACCUGAAGUAGGCUUCUGUGGCCGCACCAGCGUAUAAUUCACGCAAUUUGCAAGUCUGCGAUACAGACACUUCUCUACCUCGCGAAGGCGCACCUGAGGUACUCCAUUCUCGGUCAAACCCUAGCUCCACUCGCCGCCCUCGUGUCCUCUCAGUCGGGGAGGAUGUCAACUCCAGCUAAGAAAAGACUGAUGAGGGAUUUCAAGAGGUUGCAGCAGGAUCCUCCUGCUGGCAUCAGUGGCGCACCCCAUGACAACAAUAUAAUGCUCUGGAAUGCUGUGAUAUUUGGUCCUGAUGACACUCCUUGGGAUGGAGGAACGUUUAAGUUGACUCUUCAGUUCUCAGAGGAUUACCCAAACAAGCCGCCGGUAGUGCGAUUUGUUUCUCGAAUGUUCCACCCAAACAUCUAUGCAGAUGGAAGUAUCUGUUUGGAUAUUUUACAGAACCAGUGGAGUCCAAUUUAUGAUGUUGCUGCUAUACUCACUUCGAUUCAGUCGCUUCUAUGUGACCCAAACCCAAACUCACCGGCUAAUUCAGAGGCAGCAAGGAUGUUUAGUGAGAACAAGAGGGAGUACAACCGGAAAGUGCGUGAAAUUGUUGAGCUGAGCUGGACAGCUGACUGACUAUCUCUUCCUUUCUAGCAUGAUUGGAGGAGGUUGAAAGUAAUUUGUUGGGGGUUGCUCCUCCUCCCGGUUGCGUUGUCCUCAACAGCUUUCCACAUUUGUAAUCUCAUUGUAACUUGAGAUAAUUUCAUGUGCUUGGCUGGGAUGUCGAAUGUUCUUUAUUUUGUUGUAGCACAGACUUAUAUAUUGGUCCUUUCUGACUAAAUGUAUAUAAGGUAUUGAGCUAAAAACUGGUGAAAAACUUUGUACCAACGGGUUUGUCACGUCUAUUUUUCAAUGGAAGGUUGGACGUCUGCCUUUUAUGAUGUCA